AUGUUUUCGAGACUUGCUCCAACCUUGGCUGCAAUAUUGCCUUUAGUCAAUGGGCAAUUCAACAACCCACCUGGCGUUGAUAUAUGGUGCGGCAAGGCAUAUCGCGACACAAAUGCGUCUUUCAAUCCAGGUGGCUGGUUCGAGGAUCCUACCAAGUCUGAUAUGCCACUUGUGGAUUUCAAAGCUAAACCUAGAAUGAGCUUGUAUCUAGAAGACGAUAUGACCUCGACCUUCAUCAUCGAUGCACCAAUCUCUUGGUAUGUUGGCCAUGCUCUGCCAGACAACACCUCGAUACCAUCACACCACAGUUCGGAGAUUAUGCUUGAGAUCACGACCGGAAACACCACACUAGCUCUGAACAAGACAUCAAUCCAGCUCGGAUCCUCGAACAACGAGAUACCUUUUGAUCUGUCCUCUCUGGCGGCCAUAUCUGAGCCACAUAAUAUCACGGUCCUCGGUACUCUUAAAGGACAUGAAAACAAGACAUUCACUGCUACGACUCAAGUCACUAAGCUUCCCCUUCGUUCCGAUAACGGCACAGCUACACGGCUCGACAACCUUUAUGGUGGUCUCUCGGUACGAAAAGGUCAAACGAAAGAAUGGACGGCUCUCUUUCCUUAUACCUACUAUGUCCAGUGGAGUCUGUACUGGUACGCCAACCUCUCAACCUUGGAUGAGUUUGCAGCCAUGGGCUAUAACGUCAUCCAUAUCGUGCCUACCGGUGAUCUAGGCGAUACGCCCUUCCCUUGGGACAAGUUCCAACCUUACCUUGAUCGAGCUGAUGAACUGGGCCUGUACUUCAUGUACGAUGUCCGUUGGGAUUAUACCAACUUGACCACAAUGGUCGACCAAAUUAAUCAUCUACAUAGCCAUCCCUCUAUCCUUCUUUGGUAUACAGCCGAUGAGCCAGAUGGAAAAUCUGUGCCUCUUAACUCGACCCUCAUUGCCUACGACACCAUCAAAGCAAUCGAUCCAUAUCAUCCAGUAUCACUAGUGUUGAACUGUCGAGACUUUUACUACGCCAAUUACGCAGCAGGUGCAGAAAUCGUAAUGGAAGAUGUCUAUCCCAUCAGCACCAAUACCUCAUAUUCCACUGUCUACAACACACCCUGUAAUGCAACCUACGGCUGCUGCGGCUGCGACGACUGCGAAGGCAGUUUCACAGACAUCUCUACCCGUCUAGAUGAAUUCGCACACAAAGACACCAUUCUAGGUUGGAACAAAAUCCACUGGGCAGCUCCUCAAGCCUUUGGAAACGAGACUUUCUGGACUAGAUACCCCACUGCUGCUGAAGAAGUGGUGAUGAAUAUGUUGAGUAUCAACCACGCAGCCAAGGGAAUUGUCAUGUGGGAUUUUCCUACUAAAGCUGAGAUAUUGGAUGUAACCAACAGAUUAGCUGCUGUAUUGACAAAGCAACCGGUAGCAGGGUUUCUAGUCGGUGCGCCUUUGAAACAAAGGCUCAAAGUUGUCGGUGCCGGAAACAUCGAUGCUGCGGCUUGGGUCAAGGAUGAUGAGAUCCUUGUGUCUAUUGUCAAUCUCGACUACAGCAACACGAACGCUAAUGUGACGGUCUCAUUGCCAGAAUUCGUCAAGGCUGGAGGGAACAUGACGAAUCUUUGGGGUGAUGGUUCUUGGUCGAUUCAUGACAAUAAGCUACACAUAAGCUCGAUGAUGGGGUUGGAAGUCUCCUUGCUGUUGCUCAAGCGUAUGUGA